GAUAUUCUCUUUUAACCUUCUUAACGCGAGCGCGAGCGAUUCUUGCCAACAUGGCGGCUUCCGUCGUUGCACGGCUGGGCUUCGAUGCCCUUUACAACCGUUUUUGUGUUCCCAAGCAGAUGAACACUGUGCAGGCACUAAGGAUUUGCUGGGGUGCCGUGGAGCAAGCGAGGGGUUAUUACGUCGACUGGAGGAUGCUGAGAGAUGUCAAGAGAAGACAGAUGGCGUUCGACUACGCUGACGAGCGGCUGCGAAUCAACUCGCUGAGGAAGAACACCAUCUUGCCCAAAGAGCUCCAGGAGUUGGCAGAUCAAGAAAUCGCCGCGUUGCCACGGGACUCGUGUCCCGUGAGGAUCCGCAACAGGUGCGUGAUGACCUCCCGGCCCCGAGGAGUGAAGCGCAGGUGGCGGCUCAGCCGGAUUGUCUUCCGUCACCUGGCGGACCACAACCAAAUGUCGGGGGUCCUCCGGGCCAGGUGGUGACUCCGGAGAACGCCCAGCGGUUACGUGACAUUGACGUUGUCGGAGUGUCUUUUAAUCUGCGACUAGUUUGGAUGGAUCAUAACAAAAAAAAAGACAUUUCUUGGAUUGUGAAUUGUGUGCAGAUCUCGGUCUGGUCUUACUUUGAUCUACAUUUGGUAUCAACAUAAUCUGGAUUUAUGUGCAAUGUGACAUUUGUCCCCACUAUCCAGUAAUAGUAUGCAUGACUGCAUAUUUAAGGAUUUCAUCGAGAAUGUGAUAUUCUCAAUAGAACAUUAUUAAUAAAUACAAAUGUACAUUG